UUUACGUUUUUCGCUGAUCAGCUCGCAGUUGCACUUGCACUCCAGUGCAAGAAUCCAUUCAUUCGCUUAUCAGCGAAUAAUGAUUAAAAUUUUGGAUCGAGCACCGAAGUAAGUAAUCGAACACAAUGAGACUACGAAAUCUUCUGCUGCGCACCCUGAUCGGUGCUAUCUGUUUGCUCGUCUUCAACGAAUUUAUCAUCUACUAUCUGGUGCUGCUUCAGUGCCAAUGGCCCGGAAGCUUGCGACCGGUGAAUGGACAAGAACCAGUGAAGGUAAUGCUGCUAGCCGAUACCCAUCUUCUGGGGCCGAUUCAUGGCCAUUGGUUCGACAAGUUGCGCCGAGAGUGGCAAAUGCAUCGAGCCUUCCAAUCCGCAAUGACGUUGUUCCGUCCGGAAGCGGUCUUUAUUCUGGGGGAUGUUUUCGACGAGGGCAACUGGGUCAACCAGAAGGAAUUCGAUCUGUACGUGGAGCGGUUCCGGAAGCUGUUCCACACACCCCAGGGGACUACCUUGUACAGUAUAGUGGGUAAUCAUGAUAUCGGAUUCCACUACGCGACCCAUCCUUAUCUGGUGCACCGGUUCGAAAAGACGUUCAACAAUACCGGAGUGACCAUGGCCAGUGUCCGGGGAGUCAACUUCGUUCUGAUCAAUUCGAUCGCCAUGGAAGGCGACGGAUGCCAGCUGUGUGAAACGGCCGAGAAGGAAUUGCGUCACGUGUCGACGGUUUUCAAAUGUGGCCGCGGAAUUGGCCAGUGCAAGGGCGUGGUCAAACUGGAGGAAUAUAGUCGGCCUGUUGUGAUGCAGCACUUUCCCAUGUAUCGCGACUCGGACAAGGAUUGUAAGGAGCACGAUGCACCCAAGAUCGAAUCCUAUCGGGAACGGUGGGAAGUGAUUUCCAAGGAAUCGACCGAUUUGAUUGGGGAGCUGCUCAGUCCGCGGUUGGCAUUCAGUGGCCAUUCGCAUCACUACUGUUUCGUGGAGAAGAACCGACUCGGGAUAGAAGAGUACACGCUGCCAUCGUUCAGCUGGCGGAACAAAAACGAUCCCAGCUUCAUUUUGGCAAAAAUUUCGCAAACCGAGCAUGAAGUCUCGCGCUGUAUGAUGCCAGUGGAGACCACAGUCGUCAAGCUGUAUCUGAUCGGAGGAAUUUUGCUGGUGCUCGGCUCGAUCUUCCGCUUGGUCAAGUACCUCUGCCAUCUGAGUGCAUUUCUUAAUGCACGGAAAAAGUACUCCAAACUGGCCAAGUAGGGCCCUUUAAUGUGCGUUUUGUGUGUGUAAAGUGUAAUUAAUUUAAGAGCGAAAUGUGUUUUAGAUAGUAUUAUUAGCUAAUAGGACGGAAUAUUUUUAUAUUGAGUUUCAAAAUUUAGUCAAUGAAAAUUGAAAGUUUACAUUCGUAUGGUAAUUAUAAGUUAUAUAUUUUUCAACAAGCUAAACAGCAAGAUAAAUCAAGCCGAAUACCGUUAUAAAA